UUUUCAAAUUCCAUCAUAUAUCCUAUCCUAACCAAAAUCCUUGACAAUAUAAUUUCAUACAAGAACCAACUUAUUUCUCUAUCACAUCUUUCAUUUUCUUUCUUAAUUAUAGUAUGAGUGGAACUAUGUCUAGAUCCAACAACCAAUGGCAACAAUUUUAUCAAACCGACCAACCAACUAUGGUUCAAUCUUGGUCAAGCCAUGCAACCACUGAUGCAACCAACAUGGUCACAACAACAACCAACACAAACACGAACACGAACAUGAACACAAGUGUCUCUAACCAGCUAAACCGAGUAACAAGACCAAAUAACCCUCGUAGACGGUCAAGAGCUUCUAGGAGAACCCCAACCACGUUACUAAACACGGACACAACCAACUUUCGAGCCAUGGUUCAACGGUUCACUGGUGGUGGAAACAAUGUUGUUGACACAACCUCCAGUACUCCGUAUCUAUCAAACGACGUCUCGUCCGUUACUUCUGCUCAUCAGUUUUUGAACACUAGUUACAAUAGUAAUACAUCUAGUUUUAAUGAUGGCGUUGGUUUGUUGCACCCUAUGAUGAAUGACGACUACAACGUGCAGUUCCGGGCACCCAACAACGACCCGUAUUUCAUGAUGACGGUGGCUGAUGGUGGAAGUACUACUGCUGGUAAUGAUGGCGACGAUCAACAUAGGGGGUUUAGACAAAAAAGGGUCUUAUAAUUGGUAACGGAAUUACUCUACGUUAUGAAGACGUUCUUACAUAGUCCAUCCGUCUCAAAAAAUUAUCUACAUCCUUUUUUUUGAACUUUUUAUCGUUUUUUUAAUUUGACUUUUAUGUUUUAUAUAAUAUUUAACGGAAAAAUACAUGAAUCAAUUCAGUUUUAAAUGUAUUUCUAUUGAUAUAAUUUCCGUUCAUCAAAUAAUAUUAUACGUACUAUAUAUAAUUAAAACAAAGAUAUAUAGAUAAAAAUCUUAAAGAAAAAUCUUCAAAAGUUCAAAAAUACUCGUAACAAUUUUUUGGACGGAGGGAUUACUAAUUAGGAAAAUAAGAAUCAUAAGGGGUUUUGGUUCUCAUGCACUAGCUAGCUAUAUAUAGUUUAGUUUUUGUGUUCGAUCUUUAAUUGGCCGGCCACCUAAUUUAACAUUUUAAGUAUAUACUUAAAAAAAUCGUCAACAACUCUUGGGUCCAAGAUCUAUUAUGGUUUAGUUGCUAAUCAACUUAGCUUAAUUAUGAUUCUCAAUGUAAAUUAAUUUGUAUUGUUUACAUGCAUGCCUUUAGUUUGAGGUACAAGUUAAUGCAAGAUAUUAUCUUUGUUAA